AUGUCAGGGAACAAAAGCCAUGAGAGCUCCAAUCAGACUCAAGCCCAUCUUGUAACAACUGAGCUGCAGUUCCCUGUGAGCUAUGUGGACCGCCUCCUGCAGGAGGAUCAGCGUACCUACUGCCUAAGUUCAACAUCUACUGAAUUCCUCCUUGCCAUGCUCGACUCCCUCACCGACUACAUCCUGGAGCGUGUAGGCACUGAGGCCAAUAACAACAACAUGCAGACGGCCCCACAAGAUGUGGAGAGAGCAGUGGGCAGCAACAGAGAGCCCCAACAAUGCCUGAAGGAUACAGCCUUCACUCUGUUUGAUGAGAUGCCUAGAUCCAGGAGAAAUGGCUAA